AUGGCCACCGACGCUCCCGCCCCCGUCGCUGUACCCCAGAUGCAACCCGCCGCUGCGCCCGUUCGUGAGGAGGCUCCUGUGCCACUCUCAUUCCCCGCAAUUCUACGCAAUCCAGGUGUCAGUCAUCGUUUCGCCCAUUUGCAUGCAGACCAGCCAAUCAGUCGCUCUUUGCCCGUCAAGAAGAGCAUCAAGCGGGACGAUAACGAGGGGAAGCGUUGGGUACGCCGGAAGGAGAACGCCCGCUUCGUUGAUAACCCACAUAUCGUACAUGCCUCGAAGGCAGACUAUGCACCACUGCUUCCCAAUGCAAAGAGAACCUUCCCUGAACCCUUGCCUGCGUAUCUACCCCGCACAGUGAAGGCGCCGGAUACGAUUCAACCAAUUCUAGAGCCGAAUUCCGCGAAUGCUGGGCGGUUCUCACUCAGUCUAAAGGGUAUGCGACGGGACUUGCGCAAGGCUGGAUUCCGAGCACAAAUCCUCGUCGAGGAUAUCGAGAAGGAGAUAACUGAAUGGCUCCAGGGCGGAGCAUUCGCCGCCUCUGACGGCUCAGAGUCGUCUCUCCUCAACUUCCCAGGAAUACCCAUUGGGAGGAUGGACUGCAUCUCUGAGGUCUCCCGCGACCCUUUGCAGUUAAUCUGGGCGGUCAGCGAGGAUGCAUUUGCCCGUUACGUAGUGCAUUGUUGCGCCCGCUACUACGAGAUCGUCAGCUUCAGCAAGGAAGUGAAGGGACGCAGAUUAACUUACCUCCUACGGCCGAAUGUUGCCCACCCCGACUCCUUUGCCCCCGUCGGUCUCUACACGCCUCCCACAACUGACCUCGAUUCGGCCUCACAGUUUGAAACCGACCCAGAAACUGACGUCCUAUCCGAAAUCCUCGCCGAAGGCAACGAAUCGGACGCGGAAUGUGCCGCAGACGUCAAGCAUCUCGAGGACAUAGUCGAAGCGCAAUCCCCGAGACCCUUCUCUCCAGACAAUGACUGGUCGGUCAUCGAGGGGUCUGAUAUCGAAGGAGACCAUGAAGGAGACAUAACCGUAGGCGUUGAGGCAUUGUCAAUACAACCAACGGUCUCUCCUAGACGUCCCCUGGCUUCCCGCCAUUGGACUUCCAGGCAGGACCGAUCGGCUUCGUCCCCUUCACCGUCACCCGUGCGUCGACCCGCUCGUCGGCGCAUGGUCAAACGCCGGGUAGUGUCGUUAAGACAAACACACAGGGCUCAGCAAGCAUCCUUCUUCGACUAUCUCUUUGCAUAA